UAUUUUUGUUAUUUCAUUUGAUCUUUAUUAAUGAGCGAUUUAAUUCUCUAUUUAUGUAUUAGCACUUUGAACGGAAAUUCGGUAUCUAUGCGGAAUGACGUAUGUGAUAUAAAAAGAUUUCUACUGAUAUACGCUAAGGUAUAUAAUUAAUGAAGGUAAGUAGGUACAUGUUAAUGUCAGUUGUACACUUCCACAGUUCCACAAUAAUAUUCAAGAAUCAAGUCAUUUUAAUACAAUACCUUUGUCCAUCAUUACUGAUACAGUCUUUUAAAAAGGAUACAACAAUAAUAGUUAUAAAAACUAAUCACAUAUUCUUGAAAAGUAUAUUCAUCCAAAAAAAGAGAUGGAAAAUUCAACAUGGGAAUCAUAUGAUCUAAAUGCGCAGAUGGCACUAGAGACAUUUGAGAUGGAUAAAACUGUAAUGGAUAAAUUAACAAGUGAAUCAUAUGAUCAAAAGGACAUUAUGACAUUUAAAAAGUGUGAACAAAAAAGUUAUAAAAAUAGUUCACACAUGGUUGGAGUGUUAGAAGUCCUUCAAUCUUUACGCGAAGAAAAAGUUUUAUGUGAUAUUAGAAUAGAAACAGAUGAUGGUACAAUAAUAUUUGGACAUAAAGUUGUUUUAAUAUCAGUUAGUACCUAUUUCCGUGAAAUUUUCUAUGGUUUGAAUGAAAGAAAUAUAGAUCAUAUUAAUAUAAAAGAAUUAGAUUCAACAGUUUUACAACUCUUGAUAAAUUAUAUUUAUACUGGUGAAAUCAUAAUAACUGAAAGCAAUGUGAAGGUCUUGUUAGCAGCUGCAAAUCUUUUACAGUUGGACUAUGUAAAAAAUGUUUGUGCUGAAUUCUUACAAACACGACUAGAUGCUUCAAACUGUCUUGGUAUCAAAGAAUUUGCUGACUCAUAUGACUGUAUGGAAUUGUCGACAAGCUCUCAAACAUACAUUAAAAAUCAGUUUUUAGAAGUGGUUGACAAUGAUGAGUUUUUAUCUUUAUCUUCUUUAGAAGUAAUUAAAUUAAUUUCCUGUAACGAUCUUUUAGUUUCACAAGAAGAAAAAGUAUUUGAAUGUGUAAUUCAUUGGGUAAAAUAUGAAUUGGAUAGUAGAAAAGAUUUUUUGCCUGAAUUAAUGGAACAUGUGCGUUUGCCAUUAAUCUCAAAACAGUAUUUAUUAGAAAAAGUAGUUGAUGAACCUCUGCUUAAAUUUAGUCCUAAAUGUUAUGGCUAUAUUAUUGAAGCAUUGCAAUUUCAUCUACAGCCCUUCAAAAUCUCACAAACGAUUCGAAGUACACCUAGAAAGUCUAUUAGUUUUCCAAAAGUUAUUCUUAUGUUAUAUUGGUUUCAAAAAAAGUCUAGUGUUAUUUACUGGUAUGACAACAUUUGGCAGCCUGCCCCAACAAUGAGUAGACGCUUUAAAAACGGUUGCCUAACUGUAAUCAAAGAUCAAUUUGUAUUAGCCCUGGGUGGUUUUCUUUUUGGAUCAGAACGUCAACUUGUUGAAAUGCUUGAUGUUUCUUCACAAUCACCCUGUUGGAUGCCUAUGAUGAACAUGUUAGUUAGUCGCAAAUAUUUUGGAGUUGGUUCAUUAGAUAAUUGUGUAUAUGCCAUUGGAGGACGUGAUGGAUCAAAUCGAUUAAAUAGUGUAGAGAUGUUUGACACUAAUACUAAUAGAUGGCAAAUGGUUUCAAGUAUGUCUACUAAGAGGAGUUCUCAUGGUGUUGGAGUACUCAAUAACCUCUUGUAUGUGGUUGGAGGUUUUGAUGGUGAAGAGGUUUUAAAAUCUGUCGAAUGUUAUGAUCCCUGCCUUGAUACAUGGACACUAGUAGCAACUAUGUCAGAUUAUCGCUGUAGGUGUGGUGUAGGAGUCUUGGAUGGUAUUUUAUAUGUUAUUGGUGGUUAUAAUAUAUCAGGAUGUCUCAAAAGUGUUGAAACCUAUACACCAAGUUCCGGAGUUUGGACUACAAUUGCUGACAUGCAUUUCUACAGAAAGUGUUUUGGAGUAGUUGUAUUAGAUGGUUUAUUACAUGUUAUUGGAGGAUGUAACAAUGAAGGUGUUGUUUUGAAUUCUAUUGAGAUUUAUAAUCCCAAAACCAAUACCUGGUCAUUGAAAACAUUGUCAAAAAAUGUUGGUCAAAUUUAUAGUGGAGUUGUUGUUAAUAGGCCUCCACAUUUUAAAACUUAUGAUGAUUAUAUUUUCAUCCAAAAAAAAGAGAUGGAUGACAUUGUAAUGAAAAAUUCAACAUGUGAAUUAAAUGAUCAUGAAGGAGUUAUGACAUUUAAAAGGUGUGAACAAAAAACAUAUAAAAAUAGCUCACAUAUGGUUGGAGUAUUUGAAGUCCUUCAAUCUUUACGCAAAGAUAAAGUUUUAUGUGAUAUUAAAAUAGAAACAGAUGAUGGUACAAUAAUAUUUGGACAUAAAAUUGUUUUGAUAUCAGUCAGUAAAUAUUUUCAUGAAAUUUUCACUGAUUUCAAUGAAAGCAAUAUAGAUCAUAUAAAUAUAAAAGAAUUAGAUUCAACUGCUUUACAACUCUUGAUAAAUUAUAUUUAUACUGGCGAAAUUAUAAUCACUAAAGACAAUGUAAAGGUUUUGUUAGCAGCUGCAAAUUUCUUACAGUUGGAUUAUGUAAAAAGCGUUUGUGCUGAGUUCCUAAUAACUCAACUAGAUGCUUCAAAUUGUCUUGGUAUCAAAGCGUUUGCUGACUUAUAUGGCUGUAUGGUAUUGUCGACAUGUUCUCAAACAUAUAUAAAACAUCGGUUUUUAGAAGUGGUUGACAAUGAUGAGUUUUUAUCUUUAUCUUCUGUGGAAGUAAUUAAGUUAAUUUCCUGUAAUGACAUUUUUGUUCCACUAGAAGAAAAAGUGUUUGAAUGUGUAAUUCAUUGGUUAAAACAUGAAUUGGAAAGUAGAAAAGAUUUUUUGCCUGAACUAAUGGAACAUGUACGUUUGCCAUUAAUCUCAAAACAGUAUUUAUUAGAAAAAGUUGUUAAUGAACCUCUUCUUAAAAUGAAUCCUAAAUGUGUUGGUUAUAUAUUUGAAGCAUUACAAUUUCAUCUACUAAAGUAUCUACAACCCUUCACAGUCUCACAAACGAUUCAGAGUACACCUAGACAGUCUAUUAGUUUUCAAAAAGUUAUUCUUAUGUUAUAUUGGUAUGAAGAUAAGUCUAGUGUUAUAUAUUGGUUUGACAAUAUUUGGUAUCCUGCUCCAACAAUGAGUAAAUGUUAUUCAGCAGGUUGCCUAACUGUAAUCAAAGAUCAAUUUGUAUUAGCUGUGGGUGGUGUUCAAUUUGAAUCAAAUAGGCAAUUUGUUGAAAUGCUUGAUGUUUCUUCACAAUCGCCCUGUUGGCUACCUAUGAUGGGCUUGUUAGUUAGUAGAGAAAAUUUUGGUGUUGGUACAUUAGAUAAUUGUGUAUUUGCCAUUGGUGGACAUGAUGGAAAAAAUCGUUUAAAUAGUGUAGAAUUUUUUGACAUCAAUACCAAUAAAUGGCAAAUGGCUGCAAGUAUGUCUACUAAGAGGAGUCAUCAUGGUAUUGGAGUACUCAAUAACCUCUUGUAUGCGGUAGGAGGUUUUGAUGGUCACACAUAUUUAAACUCUGUUGAAUGUUAUGAUCCCAGCCUUGAUACAUGGACACCAGUAACAGCUAUGUCUGAAGGUCGCCGUGGGUGUGGUAUAGGAGUCAUGAAAGGUGUUUUAUAUGCUAUUGGUGGUGAAAACAAUUCAAAUUGUCUCAAAAGUGUUGAAACCUAUACACCAAGUUCUGGAGUUUGGAUUACAAUUGCUGACAUGCAUUUCUUCAGAAAGUGUUUUGGAGUAGUUGUAUUAGAUGGUUUAUUACAUGUUAUUGGAGGAAGUAACAAUGGAAGUGUUGUGAAUUCUGUUGAGAUUUACAAUCCCAAAACCAAUAACUGGUCAUUGAAAACAUUGUCAAAAGAUGUUGGUGAAGUUUAUAGUGGAGUUGUUGUUAAUAAGCCUCCACAUUUUAAAAUUUAUAAUGAUUAAUUUGUGUACCUGUAAUAUUAUAUUUCUAUUUUUGUUUUUGUUUACUUUGUAUUAAUACAUUUUAGAUUUCCUGUAUUUAUAUUAAAUUUAUUAUAAAAAUUUUUUCAUAAAGUUUAAAUAUUCUAUUGUGAAGUAAAAUAAACAAGUUUAAAAAUUUAUUAAAUUAUACCUAUAGAAACUCCCAUAGCAAAUUAAAAUUAUGAAUUGAUUUUAAUAAACUAAAAUUCUAACAGAAAACACAUUUAUCAAAACUUCACUCGCAUUCCAUACUUUAACUAAUAGACUCUGUCAUACUCAUUCCCACAAUGUUAAAAGGACAAUAGCCUAGUGAUCAGACAACUUUCCCUCAAAAAAUGUUUCGAUGCGGACAUUUUCCCCCUAUUUUUUUUUAAUUAAUAUAUAAAAUUAUAAUUGGAAAUGUAAUUUUAUAUAUUUACAUAAAAUAUAAUAAAUAACUAAUUAAAAUGGCAAAAACAUAAUUAUACCUAAAUCUAAUAAAAUUUGUAUGAUAAUAAAAUGUAAACAAAUUUUAUGUUAAAUAAUAUGGCAAAGACAUAUAUAUAUAAUACAAUAUAUACAUAAUAUAUUAAUAUAGCAUAUUGCAUAUUAUACAAUAUUAUAAUUUAAUAGUUAUGUCAUAUGUGUACACAAGGUUAUGUAUUUUUGUCGUGUACCGUAUACGCCUUUUCGUAGUUAAUGAUGUGCCACGUUGCUCACAAGUCACAACCACGACUAAAGAUAUCUUUAAUAUACCAUGCCACCAUGGUGAUUAGAAAAAUCAUGAAUUUAUUAUCAUCUUCCGGUUUUCGAUACUUGUCCACAAAUCGCAGUAUAAAAAUACGUCGUCCAGCUUAUUAUCAUUAAUUAUUAUCACAAUCAGUUAUCUGCAUAUUAUACAUA